AUGACUACUCUUGAUAAUAGGAUUGAUAAUGAUAAUUUUGAAGAUAAUUCUUUAGAUAAUGAUAUUGUUACUGAUUUACAAAAUGAUGAAGAUGUUAUUACUUUACCAGAUGAUGAUAAUAUAAAUAGUUUACAAGAUGAUAAAAAUGUUACUGUUUUAUCAGAUUAUGAUAAUAUUACAGGUCUAUAA